CGCAUUCUGACUUCAGUUCAGCCGACGGUUUCAACCUGCCAAGUCGUGCAGGUGUUGGCAAACGGUCGUUGCCAUUCACGGUAUACGAUACUCAUCUGCGGGUAUUACCCCGGGGAGGUCGAGUUGCCACGAGUAUCCACCGAAGUAUACGUCGAACGCGAGGCCGAAAGGGGUUGACCGGUCGCGAGAUAUCAUCCCUUAAUUUCGUGCAACGGGUGCCGCGUUUAUCACGGCGGGAAAACGGGCGGCGGGUGUUAAAAAGCUGUGUCGCCGCAGGAGAGCUGCGAUUUAUGGAACCACCCCAUGGAUAGUAACAUGUCGACUGCCGCCUUCAUGCACCGGUCGGGCGGUGCACCCAGCACGGCCGGUGCCUUAGUCCCAUCGACCGGUGGCGGUCCUGGAAAUCCGACAGGAGGCGGCAGGAUGGCCGUCAUCGGUGUGACCAGGAACGUCAGACUGAGACGGCGUGGAGCGGCCGGUUUCGGUUUCUCUCUUCGAGGCGGCAGAGAAUACGCGGCCGGGUUUUACGUCAGCGACGUUCAACCAGGAAGCGAGGCUCACAGAAAUGGAUUAAGGGUCGGCGAUCAGAUCAUAAGGGUGAAUGGAUAUCCAGUGGAGGACGCUGUUCAUCAGGAAGUCGCGCUUUUGGCAAAGAACCAACAAGUUCUCGUCCUCAAGAUUCGAAGCGUGGGAAUGAUACCUGUGAAAGACAACCCGAACGAUCCGGUCACCUGGCACAUGGUGCAACAGCAACAACAGCAGUUACAGUACAACGAAACUGGUUUGGGCACUGUUCCGAGCACCGAAGUCAGAAUUCGGAUUCUUGUCGGUGAGAAGGGACGCCUCGGGUGUGGCGUUUGCAGAGGCAUCGUGCCAGGCCUGACUGUUCAGGGUACCAGAGACGACGGCCCGGCCAGGGCGGCAGGCCUGAAGGCCGGCGAUAUUAUAAUAUGGUGCAACGGUCAACGGCUCACCGAUCUCCCGUUCGAGAGAGCCAUUGAAGUAAUGAGAAGCUCGGCCAUUCUGGACCUGAUAGUGCAACGACCUACACCGAACCACCUUUAUGACUGUCCCGAACCAAUGUGGACUCAUGGCUCGAGCGGUUACGAUUCAGAGACGUCGAGCGUGGCCGCGGCCAGCCCGCAGCCUCAGAAUUCCUCCUAUUCGCCGCAGCAUCAUCACGAUCCCAGAAUGCAUCAACGGUAUCCCCGCGAUGACGCGUGCAACCGAAACGGAAGGAUCUGCUGCCCGCUCGCACUGUCCACGAGCAGCUGCAGUUCAACGGAAUGGUCUCACGGUGAUCAGCCCCAAGAAUGGACGCGUAAGUCGAACAACACCACGGUGAUUCGCAUCAACCAGAGCCAGAACCAAAAUCACAGGUUUAUGGGUCCGGGUCGUCCGAACUCACGCGGUAAUUACGAGGACGAGAUCGACAACGAGCCACUUUACGAUCCCGUGGCGCCGAGGAUCGAUUACGAAGUUCACGACUUCGACGCGAAUCCGAAAGACGAAGCGAACCGACGCUUGGCUUGCCGAAGGGACAAUAUGCGUCAACAAGACGUCAUUUACGACGGCCCGGCCGAUGACAUUCCCUAUCAUGGAUCCAAAGAAAAUGGCAUACAGGAUGGAGAUAGGAAAACGAUAACGACCGUGGAAGUUCAUCAAACUGUAUGCCCACCCGCGCCACCGCCUCCUAUCCCAUACAAGUGGUCCGCAGACUCAAAGCCAAUGAACGCGAAGGGUAUGCAAAUGGGUAGCACGAUGUCGAUGGGAAGCACGGGCUCGACGGAGACCGAAUCCAGCCUCGAGUCUUCCUGCAGCAAAGACUCAGCGUCGACCUCUUCGUCCCUGUCGACGUCCUCCUGCGAGCCGCCGUCGACGGUCUCGUUUGGUUCGAUCACUGCCGCCUCGACUGGGACCAAUAAAACGAACGAGACCGCGGCCACCGUACAUCUGACCACUCGCAACUGUGCGACAAGGACGUCGCCCAUCGCGUGCACUGAUCUGAGCACCGCUAUCACGCAGGAAUUGCAGAGGCGGGCACAGCAGAGAAAUAUGAAUAACGCAGCCAAAAUGGAAGCAGCGAAGGAGAAGACCAUAGAGCCACGGAAGCCACAAAACCCGGAAGCUCUGAGGGCGCAGGAGCAGAAAGUUACGCACGAUAAGUUGAUGGAGGAGUUCAAACGUGCUCACCGAAAAAUGUUUAACACUGCCCAGCAAAAAGUUCAUUUCUCUGAUCAGGCGCCGGAGCAGGAGCAAGAGAAGAGGGUGCUGAACGCAUCGACUACGCCAACGAUUCCGCCGGCGCCGCCAGCACCUCCUGCACCACCGGCGCCGCCGGCUCCACCGCCACUUCCGCUUCUCUCGAAGACUAAAAGCACUGAGGAUUCUGUAGAAAUGCAGAGCAUCGAGUCGUUUAAGCUGAAAGAGGCGCCGAAUCCAGUGAUCCCAAAGCCACCGCCAACUUAUUUUCCUAUGCAGAAUGCCGCGCCGGCGAACGGAAGUCCGCGGCACAACGGUAAUGGAAACAAACCGCAGAUGAACGGGAAAGACGUGUCUACCAGUCCUGUAACGGAAACGUCGAAGACAGCCGCACCACCGGCAGCAGCGCAGAAUUCGAAACCGGCGACUGGGAAAGUCGCGAUUAGGAUAGGCGCUUACGAGGGGGAAGCUAAGCAGCCGUCUAAACUCGACUUCCUGUCGCAGCAAUCUCGUUCGGAGAAAAAUGGCACGGACGAACUGGCGAACGGACCAGUAGUCUCAAGGUUGCAGAACGAACUGGCUGCUACGUUGCAAAGAUCGAACCUAAGAAGAAAGACUGAAGGGGACACACAGUCAGGUGUUAAGACGAUCCCCGAAAAUCCAGCAGUGGCCAACAACGAGACAACGAGCGCAGAGCCUGGGAAGCUGUCGCAGAGCAACGUCGAGAAACUGGCGUCCGCUCUGAACAAAGUGACCAUCAAAGUGAACCCGGAUCAUAAUAACCGAUAGGAUGCUAGUUUCCGUUAUAUAUACGUAUACAUAUAAAAGGGAAAAAAGUCGCAACGAAACCGUUUUUAGGAGUCCACCCAUGUACCUCUGCCACUUUGUACAUUUUUGCACGCUCUUUGAAAACCUCUACAUCGACUUUUUAUUCGUAUUGUUAGAAAGGAAGACCGCUCCCCCUAUUGGUGAGCUUCUUUUUUACGUCUUUUACCUGUACACGUCUUUUUUUAUAUGUUAUUUAUUAUCGUACAAUAGCGAGUAAGGAAUAAGGAAGGCCAACGAAUCUCGUUAAUAACCGAGGCGACCGGCCCCUUUACCACGUAGGCCCGUGUCUUUAAAGCAAAACUUACAAUUAGUCCCCUCCGUCGACGACUAUUGUAUCGUACAAGAGUACAGGUCGCGAUAUUCGAUGGAGGCAUCGAACUGAUAAAAAUAAAGGCGAUGAUACCUAAUCAAA